AUGAUGCAUGAAAACCUCUUCCUCAGCUCUAUAUUUUUCACCACCGACCCACCACAACUCUGGCAGCCACGCUGUCGUGCCUCUCUGUCAUCCAUGCUUCCCCCUGAACUGGUGGAACUCAUCUGCAAUCUUCUAGAUUUGGCUGACCUCUGCGCAAUCGCCGAAACAGAAAUCUUUUCCAUUCCUGACUCUAUUUUCAAACAAAAAUUGGAGCCAUUAUGUCCAUGGUUUGAACCACAGUUCUCUUGUCGCAACUCCUACCGAGAGUGUGCUAUGGAAUAUCUACGACGUCAGCAGCCUGGGGCCAAGUUUGCACCCAGACUUAGAAGGGCUGGCCCUGAGGAGUUUGGAUCAGUAAUGAGACUGUCACCAAAGAACGGAACGCAUGCGGCACCACUUGUUACCCCUGCCAAAGAACUGCGAACUUGUGUUCACACAAGCAACCAUGGUAUCAAGGUGGAUUUGUCCAAGGAGAAUGAAUGGUGGGAUUGGGAAGAACAAGAAGAAGAAGGUGGGGACGAAGUCAUGUCUGAAAUAAUAUCGCUUCCCCAGAUGCUGAUCAUUACCACCCUUGGAAACUGCCAAAUGUAUUGUUGCUUUGGGGGAGGUAACGCAACAGUCAUUGUCAAGUUCAAAGACUCCCCAGGACUUGAACCUGAUAUUGUGCACCACGCCGGUGUGGACUGCUUCUUCCUCCAGAUUAUGGGACCACACGUGUUUCUUUUUGAAUUCGCAAGCUCCUGUUUUGGUGCGGAUCCAUACUGGACGGCCAAUUACUUGCACCAGAAGAGGUUUCGAGAGCUUCAGAGUAGGAAAGAAAGUGAAAGCCCAUGGCACUUGAUAUUCUACGAUGGACUACUCCAGUACUUUGAACCGAAAAGAUACUGUGCUAUUCAACUCUCGUUGGACAUCGAUACAAAGACAAUAACAGAUAAAGUGAGAUCCAAACAUGUUGUGCACGUCGAUCAAGCCCAUCCCCUUGAUAAGAGAGACUAUAGAUACUCAAUCAUUGAAGGUAAGAACGAAAAAUUGUACAUUCACGAUAUCACUACCAGACUUGUGGUGGAUGCUAAUCAGUUGGGUGAGUCUGGUAUGUUGGAUGCCGACUUGAUACGCAGAAUGGACGAAUUGGUUAUAAAUGAUGAGUCUUGA